AUGAUGGGGGAUGUAGGGAGGGAUGGGGGUGAUGUGGUUGAUGGGGAUGAUGGAGAAGAUGUGGAUGAUUGGGGUGAUGGGGAUGAUGGGGAUGAUGGGGGUGAUGGAUAUGAUGAUGAUGGGGAUGAGGGGAAUGAUGUGGAUGAUGAGGAUGAUGGGUGUGAUGAGAUGAUGAAGAUGAUGGGGAUGAAUGGUGUGAUGGGGAUGAUGGAGAUGAUGGUGAUGAUGGGGAUGAAUGGGGAGAUGGGGAUGAUGGAAGAUGGGGGUGAUGUGGAUGAUGGGUAUGAUGGAGGAGAUGUGGAUGAUUGGGGUGAUGGGGAUGAUGGGGUUGAUGAUGAUGGGGAUGAGGGGAAUGUGUGUGUGAUGAGGAUGAUGGGUGAUGAUGGGAUGAUGGAGAUGGGGGUGAUGGGGAUGAGGGGGGGAUGA